UAAUGCAAGAAUUUUAAUCAUUAAAAAAACUCAUCGAACAAAAAAAAUAAUAGCUAAGCAAUUCAUUAACAAUUUAAGAAUAAAAGUAGAAGAUUGAAUAAGAAAGACAAAGAUUAUUGUAGGAAUAACGUGAAAGGGAAAGAGAAAAAGUAUUUUAUUAUUACAUUAAAAUUAGCAUGAAAAGUUAGUAAAGAAAUUGAAAAUGCAAGAUGAAUAUUAUAAAACAAAGGACAUUGAAAGAGUGAAAAUAAAAAGAUUGGAUUAAUAAUGUAUAAACUCUGAACGUGAUAAAAUUUAAUAGGAUGAAAUCUAAAUACCUCAGGAUCUUCCACCGAUUGAAAAAAAGGAAGUACAAAAAAGACUAAGAGAUUUGGGAGAACCUAUUACAUAUUUUGGUGAAAGUGAUUGGCAAAGAUAUAAAAGAUUGAUGCAAUUUGUUUAAGAAAAGAAAGAAAAUCAUCAAAGGGAAUUAGAAAUCAAAGUAUUAGAAGGAGAAGAUAAAGAGGAAAUCAAGGUGUUUGUUAAUAAAAUUAAGGAGAGAAAUCUAGAUCCAAAUACUGCACUUGUUCCUGUAUUCUAAUGUAAAGGAAAAGAAGAAAUUGAAUAACAAUUAUUGGAUGGAGUAUCACUAUUGACAAGAUGUGAAGAUGUUUAUUUAUGGUGUAAAAAAAUGUUGAGAGAAUGGAACAUAAAGUUGUUGGAUAAAUUUAAUACAGAAACACUAAAAAGAAGUUUAGAAGGUUCUUAAGCAUUUAAUUCUUAUAAAUAAACACUAGAUUAUAUAAAACCAUUAACAGAAUAAUUAUAGAAAGCUAAAAUGGUAUAGUCAAUUAAUGAAGAAAUCUUGAAUGCAUUAUAUCUUAUAAUAAGAUUUUGUGUAUAUAAAGAGUAUGUAAGAGCAUAUGAUAAAUAUUUGGAAUUAGCAAUUGGAAAUGCACCAUGGCGUAAAAAUAUAUUAUAAUAUAUUAGCUAUGGGUGUUACUAUGGUUGGUAUACAUGAAAGGACUGGAAGAUCAAAGAUAUCAAGUUCAUAAAUAGCUCAUAUUUUAAAUGAUGAAACUUAGAGAAAAUACAUACAAGCAAUAAAGAGAUUGAUUACAGUUUCAUAAAAGACUUAUCCAAGUAAUGAUCGUAGUAAAAUGGUCGAUUUUAGAACUGAGUAUGCUUGGUGAUAUGAAUAUAUUAAUCAAUAAUAUAAAUGUAUUGUAAAUAUAUUAAAUAAAAUUAAGAUAAUUUAUUACCAUGAUUUAAUAGCAAUAAGAAAUAGUAAUUGAACCACCUCUCUAUUUUGCUAAAGAUCAUUUAUUUGACUUAAAUUUUCAUCCUUUUUAAGAUGUUGUUUGUUGUGCAUAAGUGUCAGGAGUUGUGAAUAUGUAAUCAUUUUUAUCCACAAGUUAAGAUUGAAAUAUUCAUCUGAUGAUGUAGUAGAAAUAGCAGCAUUUACACACCAUUAAUAAUCUGCAAGAAUCAGUUAAUUCUUUAAAGAUGGUUAACACUUAAUAACAGCUAGCAAAGAUUGUUCAUUUGCUAUCUUAGAUAAUAAUGGUAAAAUGGUAUUACAUUAACUCAAAGCUCAUAAGUAUAAUAAUAAUCUAUUUAAAUAGACAUGCUAUAAAUGCUCUUAAAUAAUUGAAUGAUAGUAUUAUUGCUACAGGUGAUGAUACAGGAAAUAUUAAAAUAUGGGAUUUAAGAUAAAAUUAAUGUGUAUUUAAAGUAAAGGAAGCUGAAGAAGCUAUUUCUGGAAUUGAAAUAGAUUCAUCAAAUAAUUUAUUGCUUUCAUCAAGUUUAGAUGGUUAUUUAAGUGUUCAUGAUUUAAGAUUCUAAAGUACAAAUGAAAAAUGUUUAUAUGCAAAAAGUGAUUGUAUGGAAGAGGAAUUAACAGAUAUUUGUUUGGUCAAAAAUGGUUAAUUUGUUUGUAUAUCAACAAGUGAAGGUAAUUUAUUAUUAUUUAAAUGGGAUUAUUUUGGAGAUUUUAAAGAUAGAAUAAUUGGUCAUCCUAAUUCUAUUGAUUCAAUUGUAAAUUAUAAUAUUAUAUCAAUUAGUGUAAAAUAGAUGAACAUUCAAUAAUUACAGGUGGUGAAGAUGGUUUAGUAAGAGGAGUUUCUGUUUUCCCAAAUAUGAUAACAGGAAUAUUAGGUUAACAUGAAGAUAAUUCUUAUUUCCCUAUUACUAAAAUAGUUGUUGAUAGAACAUAAAAAAUUGCAGCUUCAUUGUCACAUGAUAGUUCAAUUAAAUUUUAUGAUAUUGCAGAUUUUGUCAAUAANCGAUUUCAGAACAGAAUAUACUUGGUGAUAUGA